AUGAAAAAUCGGAAAAUAAAGAGAACGCUGAGCGCUGCUACCUUAUUUAUUCUCUUUGGCACAGGAUGCAGGGGGAGCUGGGAUGCCUUUAAUGAAGAGAUGGGAAAUAGUGCUAGUCUAUUGGAUGGCGAGAAUGCUGUGAGCGCAACGGAAAGACAGGACCCUUCUUUUUUUGACGCUCCUUUUUCUGCACAUGACCCUUUAUGGAAUAUGCGUUAUUUUAACACAGUAGAGCCGUUAGCGCGCCAGGAAGAGCAGACAGCAGAGUAUGCACCAGGACCGAGCACAGAAGGAGAUUUUUAUACGCUGACCAAUAUGGGAGAAAGUGUCCAUAGGCCAGCAUCAGGUAUGAGGGAGGAAUCUUCUAGUGCGCAACCUGAAAAAGAGCAAAGUUUUUUUAGUGAGGCAUACGAUAGACCUAGCACAUCACAAGAGGAGUAUAGGAUGCAUAAUGGAGAGAAUGAUCUAAUCUUUGUUUCCAAGGAUCUCUCUAACGACGGUUAUUUCCAAAAUGACAGUGAUAUGAUUCUUGAUAAUUUUGAUGGAGAAGAUCAAACAGCAAGCCGUCACAGCCAGCCUUUGCAGUGCGCAGACGGCUCCAAUCCAGUUGGCAGUCCUUCUAGCAAAGAAUGUGAGAGCCCUAGACAGAUCAGAGGAAAAAAAAGAAAAAUUGAUGAGCCGGAAAAUCCAGCAGACUAUCCUCUCCUUCGAUCUCUAUUGGAGAAAAAAAAAGAAAAAAAGGAAACGCCACUAAAGAAAGUGUCGUAUUCAGAAUAUCAGAAAAAAGAAGCUAAAAAGAGCUCCAAAGAAAGAGUCCGUACUGAAAGGGCCACAAAAAUAAGGCUAGACCAGCUCGACAUAGGGAUAUGGAAUGAAAAAAGACUGACCAGCCUGAGAAGAAGAGGCUACAAGUCAAAACACAGAACAAUAUACAGCUUUAACACUUUUAACAAAAAUAUAACCACAGAGUUCAAGACAGAACUAUUCCAAAAAAGACUCAGAAAAAGCAUCGAAGACUUUUCAGCGCAGCUUUCAUCAAACAUAGAAAAGAACGCGCUCUGGUACUUCAUUGCAAGCGGGUCUACAAAUAUA